AUGCAGCCGAAUGAUUUCGCUAAUAGUUAUAGCACAUUUGAUAAUAGGUCAGUGGAAUCAAAGCAAAGCAGUAGAAAUCCGAACGUAGAAUUCAAUGGCACGAACAAACCAUCAGUUUAUGGACAAGAACAGCGGUUGCAGUCGGGACAUGUGAGCGAAUCAGAAGGAGAACCACACAGGAGCAGAGAAUCAUCAUCCUAUAUUUGUCCGGAAAGGAAUUAUGCAAGUAGAUAUGGUAUGGAUCUUCAGCCGGAUCUUUUGAUGAAACCGGACCGGAGGAGACAUCGGAGACAUGAAAAACGACAUUCUCAUCGCAGUAAACAUGAGCACUGGAAACACAGACAUCACCAAUCAAAAAUUAAGUUCUAUGACAAAAGGAUAUGUGACAAAUUUUGGAAGAGUUUAUGUGGUUUUUUUAAAACAAAAGAAAAACAUCACCGAAAACACCGAAGGCAUCGAAAACACGGGAAACAUCGCCACCGCGUUUGGGAACAAGCAUUGACCGGUGAAGGAUACCCAACUGUACAAGGCGCGAUUUCUGCUAAUUCACCACUGGAAGAAAAGAUUUUACAGACGGUACCUCCUCUUCAAUCAACGAUACCAGGAAAUUCAACCUGGCCUGAGGCAGUAGAUCAGAAAAGAAAGGGAAAUGAAGAAAAGAUUGAAGAAAAGGAGAAAUCGAGUGAAAAAGUUACAAAAUCAACGUCGGUGGAACAAAUGCAGCAAAAAACGCAGGAAAUUAUAUCAAGAACAAAAACAAGCGAGGAAUCGUCUCCAGUCAAACGUGAGCCGAUCGAUGAUGACAAUCAACAAAUGCGACAAAAAAGAAAAAUAAUUCAGUUUAUCGAGGGAAUUGCGAAAGUUGGAAUGGAAAAGAUGAAAGAUGAAUUCGUCCACUGUCGAACUUUCAUCCCGAAUGCCGUUACUCGGAUUGCGCACGAUCAGAAUUUAAAAAGAUGCCGAUUUCCAGAUGUAAUAUGCAUUGACCAGACACGUGUUGUGCUCAAAACUAGGGACGGGGAUUCGGAUUUUAUACACGCAAGUCGAGUUCCACUCGGAGACAAUCCCAAUGAGAUUAUCAUCACGCAAUUGCCGUUAUCGAAUACGGUAAAACAUUUCUGGGAAAUGGUUUGGCAAGAAAAUGUUCGAACAAUAUUGUUGUUUUUAACGUUAAAUGAAUGGAAGCAACACGGCGAAAAUAUCCAGUUGAUUCCUGGAAAAGGAAAGUGUUUGCACAUUGAAGACAUUGUGGUGCUGACGCAUAAAAAUGAAGUUAAUAUCACACGUGAUUGGUUGGUACGUGAGUAUUAUCUGUCAAAAAAUGAUGAAACACGUCGUAUUUUAUGGUAUCACUACAGUGCAUGGGAACCAAACAGAUCACCAAAAGACUGCGAACAUUUAUGGCCUUUACAUUCAUCUCUAAGAAAAAUGCGCCGCCCGUAUGUGUGCAUGAGUCUUGCUGGCGCUGGAAGAGCUGGAUGUUAUGCGGCUUUAGAAUGGGCACAUUUAAUGCUGCAUGAUAAGAGAGCUUCAGCAAUAAACAUUGUUGAGUGUGUACGCAAAGUUCGUAUGUAUCGAAUGCAUGCUGUACAAACAAUUGCACAAUUUCAGUUUCUCUAUAUGGGCAUUCAGCGUCACAUUUUCCUUGUUGAGAAAUUUAGAAAAGAAAUUUCAUCCGAGCAAUCAAUAUUUGAAGCGACAAAAAAGUGUUCUUUAAUUGAAUACAACUACUACCGAUCUGGCGGUUAUCCAACAGAUGAUGAUUUUGAUCUGUAA